AUGGAGAAGAUGCUACCAGCCCAAGAGGCUGCCAAAAUCUACCAUACCAAUUAUGUGAGAAACUCACGAGCCAUUGGUGUCCUUUGGGCAAUAUUCACUAUCUGUUUUGCCAUUAUCACAGUUGUGGUCUUCAUCCAGCCGUACUGGAUAGGCGACAGUGUCAACACUCCCCAGGCUGGUUACUUCGGGCUCUUCCACUACUGCAUAGGCAAUGCGCUCAGCUCCGAGUUGGUCUGCAAGGGCAGUGUUCUCGAUUUUGGUUCUAUUCCGUCUGGGGCCUUCAGGACCGCUUUAUUCUUUGUUGGCUCUUCAAUGUUGCUUGUUGUCGGCUGCAUUGUCUGUUUCAGUCUGUUCUUCUUCUGCAACGCAGGUAGCGUGUACAAGAUAUGCGCAUGGAUGCAACUUGCCUCAGCCGUGUUGAUGGUAAUGGGCUGUAUGAUUUAUCCCGAUGGCUGGGACGCGCCUGAAGUGAAACGUAUGUGCGGCGAGCGGACGGAUAAAUACACGCUGGGGAACUGCACGGUGCGCUGGGCCUACAUACUAGCAAUCAUUAGCAUCCUGGACUCGCUCGUUCUCUCCUUUCUCGCUUUCACUCUGGGUAAGCGACAGGACCAGUUGCUUCCCGAUGACUUCGAAAUAGAAAGUGAAUCCAAAGAACUGACAAUAAGUAUGCAUUACCUUCGUCUCUAG